AUGAGAGCCGGUCUCCUGGUUUCGGCCCUGGCGCUCUUCGGAGUCGGCCAGGCACAGAACUCAACGUUCCAGAAUCCCAUUAUCAGCGGUUUCAACCCAGACCCAAGCUGUAUCUUUGUUCCCGAGUUCAACAACACCUUCUUUUGCGCAACAUCCAGCUUUCUGGCCUUCCCUGGACUCCCAAUCCACGCAAGUCGGGACCUAAUUCACUGGAAACAUGUAUCCAACGCCUUUAGCAGGGCAGACCAACUCCCUGGCAUGGCUUUUCUGCCCAAAGCUACCAGCGGUAUCUACGCACCGACCCUACGCUUCCAUCAGGGCACAUUCUACUUGCUCUGCACUCUUGUGAACCAACAAUUGCCGAGGACCAACGACAGCCGAUGGGAUAAUUUUGUGCUUACUGCGACGGACCCCUACAGUUCCGAUGCUUGGUCCGACCCUGUCCACUUCAGCUUCCCCGGCUUUGACCCUUCGCCAUUCUGGGACGACGAUGGAAAGACUUACGUCUCCGGCGCUCAUACGGCAGCUUACUACCCUGGCAUAAUGCACGCGCCACUGGACUUGGAAACCGGCGAGAUUGGGGAGAUAAUCAUGCCUUGGAACGGAACUGGCGGUCGUUCUCCCGAAGCACCUCACAUCUGGAAGCGAGAUGGAUAUUACUACCUUCUUCUUGCGGAGGGAGGCACGCGGGAGAACCAUAUGGUGACGAUGGCUCGAUCUCGAAACUUGUCAGGCCCUUACGAUCCCGCUCCCGGGAACCCACUCUUGACUUCGGCAAACGAUACUAGCUCGUACUUCCAAGCCGUCGGCCAUGCAGAUCUCUUCCAGGAUGCCAAAGGUCAGUGGUGGUCUGUUGCACUGGCUGUUCGCGCUGGAGGCACCUACGGUCAAGAUCCCGGCGCUUAUUUCGGCAACUUGCCGAUGGGGCGAGAGACUGUCUUAACUCCCGUUACCUGGGAAGAGGGUGAAUUCCCGGUUUUUACUCCGGUAACCGGGAAUGUCUCCGGUUGGCCUCUUCCACCCGAAGACUUUGUAGAAGAAGGCGAAGGCCAGCUUAGCGAUGCCGACGACGCCAUCACCUUUCCCCCUGGAAGCAAGCUUCCUAUCCACUUUGUUCACUGGCGACUUCCCAAGGCAAGAAACUAUGCCGUAUCACCCCCUGGGCACUGGAACACGUUAGCGCUUAAGUCAUCGGUUCUCAAUCUCACCGCCUUCGACGCAGACUUUGCUCUUGGGCGGGGGCAAACAUUCGUUGGACGUCGGAUGGCGCACUCGCUGUUCCGAUUUCAGGUCGACAUUGACUGGGCUAAGUCUCUUACGAAGCAAGAAAUGGAAGUUGGUGUCUCGAUUAUCCAAGAUCAGGCUCAGCAUUUUGACUUGGGUAUCGUGAUGCUCAAGCCCGACGGGAGCGAGGACCUUCGACCUCAUCUUCGCUUCCGCGGUAUCUCUGAGACACCGUAUCGCGCAACGGAACAUCCUCCGAACGAAGUGUUCCCGCUGCCUGAGGGGUGGGCGGGGCAGAAGAUAUCUCUGCAAAUAGAAGCGGUUAACAGUACGCACUUUGCUUUCUCUGCUGGCCUUGCUGGAGCUGGAGAGGGCUCUGAAUUGAGAGUGUUUGGUCACUGCAAGGGCACCGAGCUUGUUCCAUACUAUUCCGGUGUUGCGCUUGGUGUUUAUGCAACCUCCAAUGGCAAGCAUGGCGAGCAGGCGUUUGAGACGUACAUUUCUAAUUGGCGAUACACUGGCAUCAGACAGUUGCGGAGCCAAGAGGAUGUUGACGAUGCGGAUGGAGCUAGAAGAUAG